AUGUCGGGUGAGGAGGGGCUGAAACUUCUGCCUUCUGGAGGAGGAAAUGUUGCAGGUGAUGAGAAGGAAGAGCAGCUGAAGGAGCAGCUCUGGGUCUUUUGCCUUUCGGAAAAUGCAUUUACUGCCCUCCUUGGCAAGUCCCUCAGAAAGAACAGAAGGUAUUUACUUCCAGAGAUGAACAUCUCCUCCCAGCUGUGUGUUUCUGAACUAAAUCUGAGUGCCUUUGGCAGCAACUUUACCGUGCCUACUGUCAAGAGCAAGUCAUCACCAUGUGAGCAAGUGGUCAUUGCUGCUGAGGUGUUCCUAAUUCUGGGCAUCAUAAGCCUCCUUGAAAAUAUCUUAGUUAUAAUUGCGAUCGUUAAGAACAAGAACUUGCAUUCACCAAUGUAUUUUUUUGUUUGCAGUUUAGCAGUGGCUGACAUGCUGGUUAGUGUGUCCAAUGCUUGGGAGACCAUAACAAUAUACUUAAUAAACAAUAGGCACAUAAUUAUAGAAGAUGUGUUUGUCCGUCAUAUAGACAAUGUCUUUGAUUCAAUGAUCUGCAUAUCUGUGGUAGCUUCUAUGUGCAGUUUGCUGGCUAUAGCAGUGGACAGGUACAUCACUAUUUUCUAUGCCCUGCGUUACCACAACAUCAUGACAGUAAAAAGGUCCGGGCUUAUUAUUGCAUGCAUCUGGACCUUUUGCACGGGCUGUGGCAUCAUCUUCAUUCUUUAUUAUGAAUCCACUUCUGUGAUCAUUUGUCUCAUCACUAUGUUUUUUACCAUGCUGCUUCUCAUGGUCUCACUGUACAUCCAUAUGUUCCUCCUGGCUCGUACUCACGUGAAGAAAAUAGCUGCUUUGCCAGGGUACAACUCUGUCCGUCAAAGAACCAGCAUGAAAGGAGCCAUCACUCUGACUAUGCUUCUUGGUAUCUUCAUUGUUUGCUGGGCUCCAUUCUUCCUUCAUCUCAUCCUGAUGAUCUCCUGCCCUCAAAACCUCUACUGUGUUUGCUUCAUGUCUCACUUCAACAUGUACCUCAUUCUUAUUAUGUGCAACUCAGUGAUUGAUCCCUUGAUUUAUGCCUUUCGUAGCCAGGAAAUGAGAAAGACUUUCAAAGAAAUAAUAUGUUGCUAUAGCCUGAGAACAGUCUGUGGGUUAUCAAACAAAUAUUAAGAAAACAAAACCAAACCAGGGAAGAGAAUGGAAAUGCUACAUCGUGCUGCAUCUUGUAAUUCUGCUGAAAUGCCCAUGGAACAACUUUCUUCAUUCAGCUGUCAUGAUUUCUGCGGCAAUCAGAAACCGAUUUUUAAAUGCAAUUUUACCCAUCCCUCCCUGGACCUCUCCCACGUGGGUGGUAGGAGUUACUCAAUGCGUCUGUAUCAUGAGGAGAAAGUAUAUUUGAAUUGUAUUUACCCUACUGAAAAAUGGAUCUUAUAAGAGGAUUAUGCAGGGAAAGCCUUCUUUUUCUUUCUGUUAAAUGCAACAGGUGGGACCUGCCAUGCAAACAAGCCCAUUAGCCUCGCAGUGUUUGUUUCUCUUGAUGUUCUUUGUCUCUCUAAAUAGAGCAUGGCUUGUUCUGAUGACCAGAAUUAACAGGUUUUUUGCCAUUUCCUUCUGAAGACAUAUAGUAAGAGAAGUAUCUGAUUAUCAGGGUUCACAUACCUCACUCAACAGUUAUGACCUAUCAUAUAGAUGCACAUACCAGCAGUCUUGUAUUUCAGUCAUGGCUGUUACUGUCAUAUAAUAACUUUUAUGUAAGAGGACAGUGUUACCACAAGAUUUUCCAGGUGUGACACAACCCUUUGUGGUAUCUGACUAUAAGUGUUCUUGUCACCAAGGGGUGGGAUGUAACAGAGGUAGAUUUUAAAGGCUAAAUAUGAACACUGAGGUGGUUCUAGUUUGUCUGUUUUCUUCAUUCCCCAGGGCCAGGAAAUUCAUGGCUACAUGGCCUCUAGAUAGCUGUGUAAUG